AUGGCAACUACACAGACAAAGGACGACACCAAGAUCCCCGAGACGACUAGCUAUCCCGAAGCGACUGACCAUGCCGCCGGCACCAGCUACGUGUACGAUGAGGGCGCCGUCGAGAACGUCGACGAGGCCUACCUCCGGGCCUCCAAGUCGACGAAGUUCUACAGAGGCGUGUUGUUCCAGAUGAUCCUUUUUGGAGCGCUGUCCUUCGUCGGUCCUGCCAUGUCGGACGCCAUCUCUAACCUCGGGGGUGGUGGUCUCUCGACACCAUACUUGGCCAACUUGGCGACUGCCCUCAGCUAUAUGGCCGGCUGUCUGAUCACCGUAUUUGGCGGACCUCUGAUCAACAAGAUUGGAAUCAAGUGGUCUUGUAUGAUCGCCGCCGUCACCAUGCCUCUUGCUGGUUCGGCCUACUAUGUGAGCGCAAAGUACUCGAUAGACUGGUAUCUUCUCUUUGCAAGACUCCUUGGGGGGUUCACAUCUGGUUUCCUCUACGUCGCCGAGACGGCUGCCAUGCUGUCGUAUCCGGAAGCAAACGACAGAGGUUUCUACCUGGGUAUCUGGUCUGCCAUGAGAAACUCUGGCAGUGUCAUGGGAGGCGCCAUCAACUUCUCGACCAACUACUCCAAGGCCAAUGCUGGUGGUAUCGCGUGGUCCACUUACUUGAUCUUCGUCGGCUUCGAAUGCACUGGAACGAUCUGGGCUCUCCUCCUAUCUCCCACCAGACGCGUACGACGUCGCAACGGCGCAAAGAUCCCCAUGGCCAGCAGCAUCAGCUGGAAGAGAGAACUCAUUGCGUUGUGGAGACACUUGCAGCGCCCAAAGACAUGGCUCAUGUCCAUCCCGGCCUUCUACUCCUUCUUCUUUGGCGGAACCAUGGGCACCUAUCUCUCUCUGCACUUCUCCGUCCGGGCCCGCGCACUUUCGUCGCUGAUUACUCCGGCAAUCACCAUUGUCAUGGUUCUCGCCUACGGAAAACUCUUGGACACGUCCCGCUGGUCACAAGCCCGGCGAGCGUGGAUCUCUUUCUUCUUCUGGGUCAUCCCCCAGGCCAUGUGCUUCAUCUGGAUCGGCAUCGAGUACAGCAAGUUCGGCGGAGGCAAGAUCGAGGAGGCCCUCGACUACGAGUUGCACACCAGAAGAUGGGCCGAAGCUUACCUUCCCUAUCUGAUCAUGUUUUCAACCGGUUACUGGACCCAAUUGUCUCUCUACUGGAUUCUCGGCACCUUCUCCACGGACGUUGGAUCCUCUUCCCGCUCGGGUGGUCUGUUCCGCGCUUUUGAGACGGCCGGCCAGGCCGUCUCGUACGCUCUCAACUCCAAGACCAGCGCCGACCCUAGAAUUCCUUUCUACGUUAAUGCUGCACUGAUGGCUAUCACUAUUCCUUGCAUGGUAUUCCUCAUCAGGCUGGUUCCGGAGGCGCCUGCUUCAACGGACAUAGAUGCGGGAGAUGUUGUUGAAGAUCAGGCAGAACGGGACCCUGAUAACAAAUAG